AUGAACCAAACUCACAACAUUCAUGAUAGUGACGACAAUAAUAAAAAAAAUAUUUUAACAACAACAAAAACAAAAACAACAACAUUAGUAAAAAGAGUAACACUUAAAAAUUUCGAUAAAGAGAUCAUAAACUUUGAAAAUGAUUUAAAGGAAGCAACAUUCAUUUCAAUAGAUACAGAAUUUACAGGUUUAGGUUUCCAAAAAGGUUUAAAACAAGAGGAUAUACAAGAAAAGUAUCAUGCAAUGAUUAAUUUAGUGAAACAAAGAUCAAUUUUAGAGUUUGGUAUUUCAAUAUUUAAAGCAAAUUUUAAAGAUGACAAAGAGGAAGAAAAUAAUACUAGUAGCAGCGGCAGUGGGGACUAUAAUCCAAAUAAUACAAAAGAGGAAGAUGUAGGUGAGGUUGUAACGCCUCCAACUAAUUACAAUAAUAGCAUUGAUGAUAAUCACUCAUUAUUAGAAAAAAGUUAUACUAUUAGAGUUUAUAAUUUUAUAAUGUUAAACAUUAGUGAUUUUCAAGUUUCACCAGUAUCAAUGACAUUUUUAUCAAAACAUGGCUUUGAUUUCCAAGAGUUAUUUCUAUAUGGUAUACCAUUUCAAAGUAGAAGACCAAUAUUUUCAACUCCAACAAAAAAUAAUAAUAGUUAUAAUAAUAAUAAAAACAAUAAUAAUAAUAAUAAUAAUAAUAAUAAUAAUAAUAAUAAUAAUAAUAAUAAUAAUAAUAAUAAUAAUAAUAAUAAUAAUAAUAAUAAUAAUAAUAAUAAUAAUAACAAUCAUGAAGACACAUUACGUAGAUCAAAAUUAUUACUUGAUAUAUUAACAAAAGCACAAUUACCAUCUGUAAUUCAUAAUGGUAUUUUUGACCUUUUAUUUAUUUUUCAAUCUUUAAUUGGUGAUUUACCCGAUAAAUUAAACGAUUUCAUUUCAAAAAUUUUAUCAGUUUUUCCUAAAAUAUACGAUACAAAAUAUAUAGCAGAAUAUAAAGUUAGUGAAAAAAGAUCGUAUCUUCAAUAUCUUUUUCAAAAAUAUGAAAGAUUUAAUUUUAAGAGAUUGUUAAGAAAAGAAGUAUAUGCAACUUGUGAUUUUAAAGCAUUUUCAGAUAAUGAUAGUGAUGAUGGUGAUGAUAAUAUACUUAUACCAUUAAUUAACACCGAAUAUUCUUUUAUUAAACCAAUUUCACCAAAUAUAAAAGUUUGUAAUGAUUUUGCUGAUUAUGGUCAUUGUAGAUUAAAAGAUAAUUGUCCAGAUUCACACGAUAUCUCUUUAGUGUUAGAUUUAGAAGAGCAUAAAAGUCAAAAGAAAAAAAGAAGUAGAAAUAAAUUAGAAUCAAAUGAAGAUGAGAAACUCAACGAAGAACAAGAAAUUAAAAAAACUGAAGGUGAAAAUAUAGUUUCAAUUGUAAAUAAUAGUAUUAUAGAAAAUGAAGAUGAUAAUAAUAAUAAUAAUAAUAAUAAUAAUAAUAAUAAUAAUAAUAAUAAUAAUAAUAAUAAAUAUAAAGAAUUAUUUAAAAUGGAAGGUCAAAAUGUUCACUCAGCAGGUUUUGAUUCAGCAUUAACUGGUUUCAUUUUUGUAUAUUAUUUGUUGUUAUUUAAAAAUUCAAAUCUUCAAAAUGAAGUGGAAAAUAAAAUAUUUUUAUCUGGUAAACAAGUGCCAUUGGUAUUAAAGGUUUCAAAAUAUGCAUAG